AUGCAGACUGAGGAGAGAUUGUUAAGAGACGACAUCGAGAGUCUUGAAGGAAGAGCCACAGUAAGAUGCUUUACGAACAGCUUGCCAGGCUCAACGCCGCUCGAGCGCGCAACCAAGAGCGCGCAAGAGGAGCGAGAAGCCUCAGAGAAGCAGCAACACGAGAUCAGAUUGCGAGAACUGUUCGAAGACGACAAUGGCAGUGACGGCAUAUUCGACGUCCUGGAGGAUGCCAAACGUCAAUUAGCGAGAGUCUGCAGUGUGGUCGAAGCAUCCGAUCAUCCGUCGUCGCUAGUGAAAAUGCGCAUGAGCCGAAAACCGGCUAAGGCGAAAGCCAACGAGAUCAUGCAAGGAAUGGCCGCUCAUGGAUUCGGUCAAUUACGUGACUAUGUCAACAGCCUCGAGGCGACCUUGAAAAGCAAACAGGGGAAGUCCGGACAGUUUGCACAACGAUUCCGAGACGUUUGCAAGAUGCUAGAUGACCACAAAGGUGUAUUCAAAAUCUUUCCGUCGCAGAGCGGCUACGUGUCGGUAUUGUGCGGUGGUAUAUCUGUCAUUAUCAGCGCUGCUGUGAAUCACGAUGAAAUCGCCGAAGCCAUCUCGGAUGCCGUGACAACAGUCACCGAGAAAGCAGCACGGGCGAGCAGAUUCCAGGCUCUUCUCAGUACACGGACGAUGCGCAGACUCUUCUCCAAGCUUUAUGCACAGAUCUUCCUCUUCUAUCGCGAUGUCAUUGAUUGGUAUGCAAAGUCGCGCACCUCUCGAUUCUUCGCAAGUUUCAACGAGUCGCUGGGAGAGCGAUAUAAGAAGACGCUAGAAAAGAUCCAGAAUACGUUGGAAGAGAUGUAUGAGGCGGUCAACUUAGCUCACUUCGCCCGCUUACAGCUGCAUUGUACCGAAUCAGAACGGUACAAUGAAAGUCUUCGUCAGCGACAGCAAAAUCCCGGUUCUGAAGGAUGGUGUCCAGGGCAGCGUGCACAGAUGAUGUUCAUGAGCUCACACAAAAUGGCAUGUAUCGAUGCUGCAACUCGCACUAACACCGGAUGCUCCACACGGGAGGGUGCUCUGUUAUCGCAAAGACAGGCACCCAGGAGCACCAAUAGUCUAAGCCGAACCGUAGCGAGAGACCUUACAGCUGGACUACGAGAUCUCGUUGUGGGGGCCGAAGGCCAUUCGCUUCUCAACGAUGGCCGGUUCUGGCUCCCCGGAGCCGAUGUAACGCUCAAGCUUCACGCCUGGUUCGAUCCCGAAGUGGUUUCCCCGACGAUAUGGGUAUCAAGCGACGACGUCCCGCAAUCUGAUCGUUCAGGCUCGUACGCAGCUGCACUGAACAUGUUAGUCGUAGCGUGGGAGGCGGAGAUGCCGAUGAUUUCGCAUUUUUGCGAGAGGCCUCGUUUCGCGACCAUUCAUAUAGAUCGCGACGUAGAAAGGGUCGGCCUCAUCGGACUGGUGUACAGCCUUAUAUCGCAAUUGUUGCAAUUCCAGUUCGACGGAGACGAAUUCGAGUUGUCUCAGGACACGCUAGGUCGAUUGGAUGGUUCGGAUGGAAGCUGGCCGACAGCUCUCGGAAUGUUCUCAGCACUCCUGGCAGCAACUCCACACCUCAGUAUAUGCGUCAUUGACAGCCUCAACGACCUCGCGUUUGGCGCAGGUGCGCAGUGGUGCGAUGCUUUCCUAGGAGUGCUGUUUAAGCACCAGAAGUCAUCAGCGGGCAUCUUCAGAAUUCUGCUCACCACCACCGGGCAGUCUCGGGUACUGCAGGAUCAUGUGAAGGUUUCAGAUCGAGUGUUCACCCAGACAGAAGCGCGAGAAGUGAUCCGAGGUGGGCGUUGGUACACAAGUUUAGAAAAGUGA